CGAACCAGCGGGCGACCUUGGAAGGAUUUAAAUUUUUUAACGUGCCAUUGAGUUCGGGCAUUUAGUACUUUAAGUUUGAUAUGUUAGUUUAUAUGGCGUUUACCUAAGUCAGCUGUUUAUUUGUUUGGCAGUGAUAUUUCCCUGCCUUAAAAUGAUAUCCUUUCAAAGUUUGGGAUUCUACGAAGACAAAUAACGUGUUGGAAACUGUUUUUCGAGUGAUUCACUAAUAGUUUAUAUAUCAUCAGUCUCAACAUCCAAUAUAUAUAUAUAUAUAUACACAUAUGAACAACCAAGAGUUUACAUCAUGUCUUAUGAGUCAUCACCGAGCGACACAUGUCCCCCUAAUAGUGACAGUUUUACCUGGAAGGUGCUGAAAUACUGGAAGGAUUUUAGAUCUGCAUGCAGAACAUUUUGCAACAUAUCUAACGAUGAAGAUCAUUUAGACACUGUAACGAAAUUUACUGAAGAUGAAUUUUCCGAGCUAAUCAGCGUGAUACUUGACCGUUUUAUGACAUCAUCUAAGACUACGCUCGUAAAUUCUGACGGGAUAAUAUCCUACUAUUUUUUCAAAGCAUUACUCAAUCCGCAUAAAUGUAUCGAAAGUGAAUCCGAAAAGGAUAUAAUAACUGAUGAGCAAAACAGUUUGGCACAAAACGCUCUUAAGAUGUUUUUUUCUCAAUUCUUUUUUAAGAUUGGUUGCGUCCUGGAUACAGCUUUAGAGGAUUCUGAAACUGCCAAGGACUUUCCAAUAUGCAUUUGCAUUGAAUUUAUAUCAGAUAUACUAAAGGACAACUCAUCAACUGUGCUACUACUUUAUCAUCUUAGUGAAUUAUGGAACAAAUUAGGAAGCAUAAUUAAGAAACUCGUUGAGCAUAUCGUAAGUGCAAACAUAUACAUUAUUGUGUAGUUUCUAAAAAGUGUUUCGUAUUUUUUGCCUUUCUUUGGCAUAUCUUUGGUUGGUAAAUUGUUACGAAAAAUAAUAUCAUUAUGGCUGUCAAAUUAAUCUCCCUAUUAUACCGACAUGAACAAAAAUAGAUACGUAGUGCUACGACUUAUCUUACUUAUGAACCCAUUUUCUUGCUUAAGGUAUGUUGUCAAAAUACUCCUUUACCAGACCUUGAUCUGAGCUUUGCCUAUAUCUUCACUAGUGUUUUAAAUGUCCCUACAUAAAGUUGAUAUAUCCAUCAAAACAAUAAAUAGUACAUUUCAAGUCUCUAGUUGCUUUUAAACAGUCGUUUUUACCCUUAUCUUGGAAGCAUUUUGGCAAGAUGGUUAGGUGAUAAUUUUCUAACAAGAUGGCAAAUAUAUAUCAUCCAUUCUCAUAAGGUACGAUUCAGACUUCCCUUUGUUUAUUUUAAUUUUAGUGAGGGAAUCUCUUUAGUUUCCAAAACUACAAGAUGGUGUAUACUUAUGACAGUGGUAUAAAAAUGGUCUGUGUAUGUAAUAAUAUCAACAGAAUGAUAAGAAUAUUGGUUUUCCUCCCUGUAUUGAUUUAUUAUUAUUGAUAUACGGUUGUACAGCCCUAAGAAUGAACUUAUUGAAAAAGAUUACUUCACCGAACUGUUUAUCCAAUGACAUAUAAGAUAUUUUCAAAUUAAUACUUAAAAUCCUUGUGAAAGUUUGCUGCCGAAUUUCAUCUAAAAAGUAUAUUUAACUCGGAUAGAGUAGUUAGUGCAUGAUUAUUUGGUUUUAGUGCCGACAGAUACUAUACUUGAAUCUCAAUUAAUACUAGUUUCACUACUGAGGUAGAAGUACAGCUAAAUGAAAAUUUAAAGGUAGCGCUAAAAUAUGUUUUACAACCUUUUACCAAUCAGAUGUAGGUUGUUACAUCUCGUAGAACAUAGGACGCCGACCAGGAUUCUCCAACUCUUUCUUAAGCUUCUUUCCUGAUGUUGCCAAGUGCUGUUCGUUCUUUUGAUGUCUGCUUCCAGUUCUCGACGCAAUGUGUUGUUGAGUCUUCCUCUUUUCUUUUUGUCUUUACAAUUACAAGUUAGGGCUUACCUCAUGACGCAUUUUGAUUAUUUCUGCCACAGUUGCGAAUUACUCGUGCAUGUAUUCGACUUUGAGCCACAGUUUCUCAGAAAUAUUUGACUAUCCAGACCCAAGUAGGCAAAGUGCUGUUUGUAUCUUUUACUCAAUUCUUGAGACUUAAGUUCUUAAAACAUUAAGCUAAUAGUGAUAAUGUUAUGUCUGUAAGCUCAACUAACUUGUAGGGAAUGUAUCAUAAAUAGCAAUGCUGUUGCAAUAUCUUAUGCAUGGGCGUUAUAUCAUUAAUUGAAACUAAAUUCGCCAAAACAUUACACUUUGGUUCUGACUAUCUGAAUCCACAAAAAAUGGAUCCUGCUAAUAUUCAUUAAUUAUCUCAAAAACUAUUAUUGCUGAACGUUUUGGAACUACAGCUAUCAUAAUAAAUAGCUUGGAAAGUUUAAAUAACUAAAACACAUGAUAAAAGUUGAAAACGAAUGCAUGCCGUCAGUCAUUAUAAAUGAAAGGGACCAUUUUUAAGUUUGUGCUGAUGAUGUCGUUCAGAAGAACGAUGAAAGCUCCACGAUCAGACCAUCCAGCUCAGAGAACAAAAACCCAUCAAAAUCAUCCACCUGAGCUACAAAUCUCCAUCAUCUCAAAAGGGACCAUCUCUUACACUUCACAUAAGACGACUCAAAUUAUGAAUCCCACCUUACAAAAUAAAGUAAUCCAUUUUGUUUAUUCGUGAACAUGGGACUGUUACUUCCUAAGCAGAUAUAUCUUUUCAUUAUUGUAGAUAGUCGACCAAAAUGGUAAAGCUAAUAAUGAUCAAGAAGUUUUUCUUUUUGAAGUUUUUCGUCUUUGGAGAUCCGCUCUAAAAGCAUGCACGACAGUUGAUGAUAAAAAGAUGGAUAAUACACGUGAUUGUGCAUUUACUGUAAGUGAUCUGAUUAUGCCCCAAAGUAUUUUUCUAAGGAACACUAUUGUCACUUGAAAUUCUAAUCUGACUCACAAACUUUCAUAGUGACAGAAAAAACUACAAGUUUUGGUAAUCAACGACAUUUUAAUUACGCUCUCAGCUUUGAGUGGUCAUAACUCUUACAAAUUUUUCACGACUUAGUAGGUGUGGCUAGGUCAUCAACCACCGUGGGACUUUAAGGUGUUCAUUCUAAAACAUGAAGUCGUUAAUUGGUGAGAAAAGACCCUAAUCAUACUAAAAUUUGAAUGAGAUUAUCAAAGAUAUGUCCAAACCUUUGACUAUUUCCAAAGUUUACAAUUUGUGGAAGAUUCUUCAGCAAAGAUGUAGAAAAAUAUACAUGGUAAGAUUGGGCUGAACUACUGAAACUGCAAGUUUAAAAUGGGUUGCAUAUAUGGAAAUAAAUUGAAAUUAAAGAAACAUAUGGGUUUACAAAAUCAAAGCUCCUCUGAGCACACAGCUUUCACUCCACUUGUUUUAUUAUGAUAAGUAUAAUCGGAUUUAUCUGUCUUGAUAACCUGUUAAAAAAUUUUCUACUUAGUCUAAAAUCACAUUUUCAAAGUAAAAACUAGUAAUUCCAUACCAGGCUUUAUGGUGUAGUAUCUGGUGCUUGAGGGUCAGGUGCUUUAACCAUUAAGGUACCGCACCAUUUUGUCGUUUCAUAAUUUCUCAAUUUAUUAGAGAUUAAUAUUAGCCAAUGAAAGAUCUAAUUUUUCACAUGGUUUCUGUCAAAAUGGUUUAUUUAUCACAUAACUUGAAAGUUUAAGGCUUAAAUUAUAUGACAACAGUUCAUAAACUUUCUUUUUAGUUGCUAUUCAUUGUGCGCUUGCAUUUUCUUAGUUCGUUUAUGGAGUUAUAGAAAAAAUGAAGUUUAUAACCUCACUAUUACAAUAUUUUAACAAACCAAUAUGUUACCUUAUCAAAUAAUAUGAUGAAUCCCAAAUUUACUGUUCAAAUAUGCCGUGAUCGGAUAUAUUUAUACCGGGCAUCACAAACGACUACUCGGUUUUAAUUUAUCAAAUUUUAUUAAUCGCCAUUCUCUCCUUUGAAAAGCUUUCAUUUGUCCACAUUAAGCCGCUGUUAAAGUUGUAAAAUAUAUUAGUAAGAACAUAUCGCGAGAUUCUUGUAGCACCGGGGGAUUUAGGGUACUUCUUUAACCUCGGUCAUAAUAAAUACCUAAGAAAACCAGUGACGCGACCCAAGGUCUAAAAUCAGCAAUUGUUUACCAGACUUACGGGUUUAUGUCCUGUUUACCGCCUGAAGUACAAUGUCAUUGAUCAAAUGAGUAACUCUCACCAACAAUUUUUGCAGAAUAGUACGGACUUCGUCCUUUGUGUCUAUAGGGAAUCUGUUGCCCGAAAGUCUGUCCACAACGCGGAACAGGAGGCUUACUAGAUGGCCAAGAGUAUUUAAAUGCAUCACUGCCUGGCUGACAAGUUUUCAAAAGUGUUGACUCUGUCGAAUGAAAAUCAGCAUUACGUAGUACAUAUGUUCGCUUUAUCGCCGUACUUCAGACAAUACCAACGCAUCUGUUUGUUAACUUGGUGUGUAAGCGUACUCCUCCAAAUUCCCUUUCAUGUGAAAAGGACCGUGUACGCCUUUUGUAAAGAGUAGAUGUCAUACCUUGGAAGGAGGCCAAUUUCUAUAUCAGAUCACCUAGCUGUUACUGGAGAGGUUCUGCUACUCUGUCGACACUACCGGUCAAUGUAGUUGAUUGUAAUGUGUUAAUACUACUGGCGUCCGGACGUACUUCCUUCAUCUUAUUGGCCAUGCGUGCUUGGGGCUUGCACUGAAACUCUCAAUAUGUCAUAUAUUGUAGAGUAACUUCUGUAGCUGCAUCUGUUUAGAGACCUAUUCAUCUAAUUUAUACGUCUCCAUUUGUUGCAUCAUGUAUUUCAACGGUUGUGACAGUCGCCUGUCAACUAGAUCUCAAGCCGUUAGUAACUGAUGUAGUUUUUUCUCGUCAGAAGCCGUAUUACGUUGAGUUGCCGCUGUUUUUACUUCGGAGUACAAUUUUCCUUCAGCUACCUGAUCAAUUGGGUUCCGAACCCCAUCGACUAUCUCUACAGGAGGCAGACCAACCACGUAUGGAUAGUGUUUGUCUUAAAGACGUAAAGAAUUUGCAAGAAGGAGUGCAUCAACCUGAGCGGACUAUAUUAUUUCUCUAUUGAGACCUUAAGUAGGGUGUCUAAUUUCUGAUAUUGAAUCGACUCUCAUUAAACUGAUCAUUACAUUUAUGUAGUUCGAUAGAGUGACUUACUUUUAAUGUUUAUAUAAUAGGCGUUUAGAGUUACCGAUUCACAGGUGACAAUAUCAGCAAAUAAUAAAUAAAUAUAUAUGUAAAUGUGAGUGUAACCGAAAACUAUGUUCAACUGAUAUAAAUUAGAUAAAUCUACAAGUACACAAAUAACAAUAAUUUUAUGUAAAUGAUUGUACGCAAAAUCCGUUAAUACAAUAAGUAAAUAUAAACAGAUUACACAGAGAGUUACUUGUUGAUAAAUGCAUUGUUGCGUGUUUACAAAGGUCUAGUAGUCAAUUCCGCAAUUAUAGAGUAAAAUUAGUAGAUACAUGACAAUGGGUACACUUGAUUACGAUAAUAUAUAAUUGAUCAAACUAAUGAUUUAAGCACUGAUUAAGAUGCAAGCAACAGGUAUGUUAUAAACCUGAUUAUGUGAUAACGGCAAUCGAGAAAGAACAAGAGUAUGUAAAACGACAAGUAUAUUGAGUGGGGACCAAUCAAUAUAUUGGUCAGGAGUUUUGCGUGACAACAUUAUGUUUUUUAGUCAAUAACCACAAUCGUACAAUUUAAGUGAAAUUAUGAAAGAUAUAAAUAGUAACGAAAAUUGCUUGCAAAUCGGAUCUAAAUUAUCCAUAGUUGCAAGUUUUGUUAGCCUGUUUCCAAGAUUUUUCUCCCCUAUUGACUGUCAGAUAUAUGGAAAGCAACUUUUUUCAAUCCAGAGGGAGUAUCUCAUCUUCAUUAAUUGUAAUUAUAUCCUCUAAUACCAACGAUUCCACCAAUAAUCUACAACAAAUCGGUAUCUACUUGUUAUUCAGUUAUGAUAAUUAUUUCCAAGUAUUCCCAGUUGAAUGCCUAAAAUAUAUACGAAUAUCCUGAGUUUCUGUGUUACCUGCUAUGAAAAUAUGGGUAUUGUAAUGAAAGGUCUAAGUUGAUCUACACAGAAUAAUUUGUUUAUCCAAUACAUAUUUAAAACAAUUUGAUUAUGCAUUUGCCGAUCAAUAUGUUUUGUAGGAAAAUGAAGAAAUAUUACAUAUAUACCUAUAAUUGGACCUAUAAUAGGUAAGAAGAAUAUGGUUUGAAAGUACCAUAUUUUCACACCUUUUUUGGCAUUAAGUAUGGAUUGAAGAUUGUUGGCAUAAGUUCAGUGUAAAAACAGAAUAUGCUUCAAACAUAAAGAAUAAUUAGAUUUAUAAUACGUAUCAUCUCAUGUUUCCAGUACUGACUAUUUAUUUAAUCUUCAUUUCUGUAUAGUUCUACAAACUGUCAGUUUAAGGUAAAAGAUGUGGUCAGAAAUAGUACCACUUCAGAAUAAGAUAUUUAAACCAAGCAUUAUUUAUACACGUUCAAAUUUAUUUCCAGGUCACAAUUCAGAAACUUGUUAAUAAAUAUUUUUGUAUUUCAAUAACUCAUAGUUAUAUAUGUGGUGGUAGUUCUUCUAUCUUUGUUAUCAUUACAUUAUGCAUUUUAAAAAUAUUUCAGUUGAGUUGGGAAUGGGGGCUAAGUUCACUUUCAUGAUUUUAUCGAUUUUUAUCACAUGUAACUCUUAAUAACUUGUGUAAUUAUUUUCCAAAUAUCAAAUCGCUGUCUGAAAGACUAUAUAUAUAAUUUAAAAUUCUGGUUCAAUGCGUAGUAUAUGAAAUUACACAGAGUUUAGGAGCGUUGAACAGUGAAAAGUAUGGUAAAUAAUCUGAUUAACAUCUAAUUCUACUAUCAUGUAGAGCAGUGUUAUUUAUAGUUGAUAAUCACUUCAGAAAGCAAGUUAAAAUUAUUCAAAUUUAAAAGUAGUUUUAUAUUUUCUACAAAUUUCUCAGAUAGUUUAAUAAUUACUUAUUAUGGAUGAAUAGUGUUGAUAUAGUCUGUGAACAGAGUGUCAUGUGAUUAUCGAGAAACAAUUCAACGUAUUAUUCUUGUUAACAGGCAGUUUCACUACUGGAUCGUAAGCACUCAGCAUCAACUUCACUUCACUCCGUUUUUUGGUUAAUUCGACUAUGGCGUCAAUAGAAGAGUGAUAAAUUUUGAUAACCAUGUCUUACAGAGUAUGUACUUCAUUCUUCAUUAUUUCAAUUAGUAUUUAGGGUUAUCCCGUUACUGUUAAUGUAUUAUUUUACAAUCCACACCUAUGUGAUUGCUAACGAUAUCACAUCAUCGCUUAAACUAAAAUUAUGUAUGAAGUGCAAAUUAUUCUAUCUCAUAGCUAAUUAUUUAUAUGAGGGAACAAAAUCAGUUAAAACUGGAAUAGUUUUGUCUUUGUAAGUGGAUGUGUUGUUACUUAAAAUAAUUCUGUGGUAUAAGUUUUAUUUUGUCGCUUUAUUCAUCUCGUUUGGCGCAGAUACAAUUUAAUUUUUUAUGAUCUAGGUUUUAGUUGAUGUUUUAAAUGUCUGCUUAAUUGAAUACUUCACAAAAUAUUCAAAAUUCCUCGUGGAUGUUUCUUCAUCGAUUUGGCCAGUCUUUUUCGUACGCAGUUUGCGCACGCUGUAUAAACUUGUGUAUAAAUCCGAUCAUUUAUGGGUCAAUAAUCUACAUCCUAUAGUGAACAAACUUAUAUACGAAUUACUGUGUUCAUACUCCCGUUCACGAAGGUCUAAAAUAGAAAUCUCUGAUUCCAACGCUUUUUGUGAUUGUCUGGUUACUCAUAUAGUGCGUACUAUAAAAGCUCAAAAGAUUAAAUCUGAUAAAGUAUCUUUGCUUGAACCAGAUACUUGUUUAUCUCUGCGCAUUAUUAUUCUGUGUGGUCUCGAAAGUGCUUUAAAAUUAGGUAAGUUUGUUGAUUUUAGAUGAUAAUCAACUCCCCUUCUACACUAUUUUGCAUUGGGUUAUAACAUAUGUAACUAUGGUUAUUCAUGUAGAUCAAAAUUUUGACAGUUAUUUCCUCUCUCCAUUAAUUACUUUGGUUACUAGCAUCUAGCUUAAGUCUUUUACUUAACAUUCUCAGUGCGGGUUAAGGUGGCUUCAUAGUUUCUAUCAGAUAAAUAACAUUUCUUACGAACGUUUCUGCUGCUUUCUAACGAAUACUACUCACUUAGUGAAGUUAAUAUGCAGAACUUUGAAGUAUUUUGCUCUAUUCAGUAUAAAUAAGAUAAUCAGUUUGUUUUCUGACGAGUCUUAACACGAAUAUAUCACACUGUCCAUGAUACUCAUUAACAAAAGUCUUUUUCUUGCUACCUAACUAGUUAGCAACUCAGCUUAGAACACUAGCAGUAUAGUUCUCAGACAAAAGUAGUCAAAAACCUUCAAGUCAGAAUCACCUUUCAACCACACAUACACUGAACGUAUGAUAGAAUCGAUGAGAACAAACACCACUUGAAACCUGAUAAGUUACGUUUGUACUCGAUAAUGCGUAGUUGGAUUGUAAGAAAUUCUCGGUUAGUAAAACUUGUACGGUUUCAUGUUUUUACAUCCGCUUGUUGAAUUCUUAGAAGUUAUUAAAUUGAAGUAUCUGAAGUUUCCUACUAUCUCGAUUUUAUCUAUUCCAUUAUGGACACUUACUCUCUUGGCUGAAUAGCAAUAAUUACGCAAUUAACAAUAUCGAUUAGGUUUAUUUCUUUAUUUGUCAAUACGCUGAUUAUUCUACGUUUUGUUUAUUUGGCAAACAACUUUUGACUAAUUUACUGUGCUGUUAAAGACUGACUAAUUGUGUCUAAAUAUUUUUCUCGUUGAACCAAUUCUUCAUUUCAAGUGAACUGUCAUUUUCCCUAUCAGGUAUAUAGGUUUCAAAGCUCUUCAUAUAAUUAGUAAAACUACACCAUAUAUAGUGAUUUUAAAACGUGAAGUGAGACAUGGAAUUACUUUUUCUUCAUGAAUUAUGUUAAAGUGUUUGCUAACCACUACUAUUGUAAAUAUUCUUGGCAAUAUGCUUUGCGUCGUAGGACUUUCCCAAUAGACACAAAGAUAUGUAUUGUGGCGGAAUACAUUAGUAAUCCUGAUCGUUACAUAAAAUAGAACUCUCAUCUAAUUUUAGAUCCUAAUGAUCUACAACUUUGGUCAAUAUUAAGCUCUAUUCAUGAAUUAUUAAUGGAUAUUGAGUUGGGUGAAUCAAAUAUGGUACAUAGCUAUGAAAAUUCAAUAAUUAUCUUAUUUUCCGAGGAUGAUGCACAACUUUUCCGAGUAUUGGACCUAUGGAUACAGAUUGAGGACCAUAUCAAAUCUACAGAGUAAGAUUAGUGUUUUUUAAUUCCCCAGGUUUUCUUUUAUCAAAUUACAUUUGAUGCGUAUAUGACAUGACCACAGAAUGGACUGUCGUAAUGGUGUAACUGUAACUAAAAACUAAUUCGUGAUAUUAUCGACACAUCUUUUCAGGAACUACAUUUAAUCGCCCUGGACCGUAGCUCAGUAGUUUGUACACUCAACUGACUGGCACUGGAUAACGGAUUAGAACCCAUGUUCGUGUACUCGUGUUGUAUCAUUUCCACAUAUAUGGCUCUCAGCUUAUUGUAUGGAACUUCACUAGGUUCGUCCCUAGUUACCCUUUACUCAACCAUACAGCAUAGUAACGUAUAGUUGACGGAAUUGCUUAAGUCUGUCGUCUAUGUAAAUGGCUCCACAUGAACAGUUAAACGAAUGAAUGCCAUCAGAUAUAACGAAUUCAGAAGGUUAUAUCAGCAAACGACUCUCCAUGCUGUUCCCAAUGCCCAUUGGUUGUUUGCUUAUUUGGCGAAAGCUGUCGGCUUUUCGUCUUAUUUAUUCAUUGACUGGCUGGUAUCUCCUGAAACUACCUGUUUAUCUUACUUAGUUCACUACUUGAGAAGAUUGAGCACUGAUGAUGAGCUUAUUUGCAAUCCAAAUCAGUUCGUUAGAAGUGCAGUAAUAAUACAUUCUUGGCCAUUACAAUCGCUUAUAAACAUGUUAAGUCAAAUUUCGAAAAGUCUCAAAACCUUGAAUCAAUACAAAGGCAUCGCAUUUUGCCCUACGCCGCUUAUCAAUCGCAUUAAUCGUUCUUUGUUUGUUUUGAAUAACUUAUGCCGUGUUAUGACACAAUGUUAACUUACCACAAAUAUUACGCAUAAAUCUUAUGCAUAAAGCCCUCUAAUGACUUAUUACUACCCUUUCAUUUGGUUCCGUAGCCUGAUGAAUUCAGUCAGGGUGUUACGAUUGAGAUAUUCGGGCCCCAAAUAAUAUUCUAUAGAAUAGAGGUAGAUGCAUUAUUUGGUCGUUAAAUGGUUAUGAAGCCGAACGAACAGUGUUAACGAACCAUACAGUUUAGCUGUUUAUUAUUGGGGUUUUCAAAUGUAGCUACUGAGUUUUUGCAUCACAUCUUCACUAGGACAUUGGAUAGGAGAAAUCCUACUAAGCGCUAGAUACUAACUGAAUCUCAUAAACUUGUCAUCUGUAGGCGUUAGAAGAAUUAGUACUGGCAUCUUGAAGUUCUUGGUUGCAUAUCUUUUUAAGAUGAAUUAUUAGUUUUAAGAACUCAAAUUCAUUUGUGAGUUUUAGUUAUUAAAUCUACCAUCUGCAACACAGCUUUUAUUCCGUCGUGAAUAGCCCUGAUAUUACAUUCCCAAAAGUUAGUUUGUGUUUAAGACUUAAGAAGC